AUGGCUAAAACCAAAUUGCCUCCCACAGCAGGCGACCCACCAACUGCCGGUGCCGGUGUUGAUGCACACAGACGAUCGAGCACUCGUAUCAAGCAAAUCCUGGCUAGAGAUAAAAGUAAACUCAUACAGAAAAAGCUCGAUUUCGAAAAGAACAUGAAGCAAACUGGAACAAGAAAGGAACUCGGCAAAUCCCGACCCAUUAGGCACAGCGCCAACCCAGAUUCCGACGACUUUCAGUCGGACCAUGGCGAAUUUCAUCACAAAGAUGCUCGAAGACCUCAAAAAAGAAAGAUCCCAAAUGAGACUGAAGCAGAAGAGUCGCGAGAUCCAAAUUAUCUUGCUGAGGAUGAAACUAACGCUGUAGUAGAUGACUCUGAAGGCAACUUGAGUGAUGAAUAUGAGGAUGAGCAAAUAUCGGGGAUGAAAUUCAGUAAAAAAAGGAAGGAUGGAAUACAGGAAGGACGUCAUUUCAAGAAAAAGAGGACAAAAGAUAUCAGGGCUGUAGGAAAUACAACUGGGGAUGCUCCUAUAGGCAAAGUAUUCAAGGAGUGGGAAUUGAUCAUACCAAAUCCCAGGGAUUUAAAUGUCAAGGUUCUAAACAGUAAUGACAACAGCAGAGACGAUUCGACAAUAGGUGAAAUCAAGCGAAUGCUUUCAGCCGAGCAGUUAGAUUUGUUUAGAGAAUCUGCAUUUGGUAAGUUCUUGGAUCUACCACACUGCAAGGUUCAAAACCAGCUUGUCAAUCAGAUUCUUUUACGUGAGGUGCAUCAACCAAGGAGCGACGAGCUUUGGCUUGACUUUGGGGGGAGGUUGUUUCGGUUUGGCAUCGAAGAAUUUGCCCUGAUAACAGGGCUGAAAUGCACAGGCCCUUGCAAGAAGUUGAAUAUUCCUCAAGUAGCAGAUGGAAUGUACGAGAAAUUCUUUUCUGGCGUCGGAUUAAACAGAAACUUCAUCCGAUGGCAGUUUCUACAAAAAUACUGGAAAAACGAUGAAGAUGCUGUUAAAUUUGCCAAGUUACACUUACUUGCAAAUUUUUUAAUUGGGUCGCAAGACACUCUUAAGGUAGACAGAUGCUACCUUGACAUGAUAGACAGUGUCGAUUGUGACGAUUUUGAUUGGGGAACCGAAGUGUUUAAGUUCACGAUGCACCAUCUGAAGAAAUCCACCCAAUAUCGACAACAGAUCCAUAAAGCCGGGAAAACAGUGAGUGGUGGCUACCUCUACAGGUGCUACGGGUUUAUCCUUGCCCUCCAACUUUGGUUCUAUGAGGUUUGCACCUCUGCAGAUGGUGUCAUUUGCACAUGCCGAAGCAGAAAUGACAUGCCUAGAAUGCUCAAAUGGGAAGUACGUGGCAGUCACAAUCGUGCCUUUAUGCAAAGAAUAUUUUCAAAUUUGGAUUCCAGCAAGUUCAAGAACUUGAUACCCACCGACGAAGAGAAACACACUUUGUUUAUCAAUGAUUGUUUCAAGAGCAAGAAUGAGUUUAAUCGUGAUGAAAUCCCGACAACCGAACACCAUCAGCAUAAAACUGAAUCAGAGGUCAUAAAACGUCUUGACACACUUACUAAUGAGGUUGAAACUCUGAAGCAAAUGUUCCUUGACUUUUCCAACCGGGUAUUUGCAGAAUUUGCCUUAUUUAAGGAAAAAUUCAAUAAUUCUCCCGAGCCUACUAUUGUAGCAACAAGAACUAAAUCCGAAGCCCUAAUGAAGCGUGCCGCUGAUCGAAUCUGUGAGCCAUCUCCACCAGUCGGCGGAGAUAUGUUUGAUCAAGCUGACAUAUUUUCUCCGCUCACAACGCAAUUUCUUGAGGAAGUUGAUAGAACUACGGAGGAAAAAUUGAGGAAUGCAUCAAAGGCCAAUGAACCGGAUCUAGCACCUCCCAAUGUUGAUGUCCAGAUGGUGGCAGAUUUUGGAAAUGCGUUGAUUAUUUCUCAGCCGUCCUUUGAUUUAGGUCUCACACCCAUAGACACAUCAAGACUUAUCAACAAACCACCACAGGAAAAUCCAUUGGAGAUCACUACAAAAGUUGUGCACGAGGUGGCAACUGGAGAACUUGGAAAGACAAUCGAAGCAGAACCUUCUUGCUACGACGUUGUACUCGUAACAAACCCACAAACCACGCAUAUGGGGACUUCAAAGAUAACAGAAAAACUCAAGAAACGCCGUUGUGUGAGGAAAGGAAUUCCGCGAACAAAAUCGUGUCCGUUUGACGUUGAUUUUUGGGAAGAACCUGAGCGGGGAAACGAUUUUGUGAAGUGGUAUAUGACGGGCAUGCUCAAGACAGCGCGCAAGUUUAAAGACGGGUACAUUCGCUAUGGUGUGAGAACAAAAGUUCUUAACCCCCCGUUUGAUUUUAAUGUUGCCGUUAUAUGUGAUAAAAAUUGGUUUUGCACCCUUUACGAGUCAGGGUGCUUCCUUGAUAGCAGCCACAUGGAUGUCUUGUUCUACUACCUACGGAAGAUUGGUGUGCAUGGUACUAGUGCUGAGGUUAGGUAUACGACGACUGAUGUGAUGUUUGACCAACACAUAAAGUCGUUAUAUGCUAUAUACCUGUCACAGUCCUGCAAUACUGCUCUAUGCAGUGUUCAUGAUAUUAUCACUGACUACAUUUUGGGUUAUAGACUUAUAUGCGGAAAGUCAUGGUUUGAUGUUGAUCAUAUCUUGUUUCCAAUGCACGUAGAAGUCAAUGGUAUUGGUCAUUGGAUACUGGGUAUAUUGACGUUCAACAAUAUGAAGUUUUGGGUUUAUAACUCAUACCGGUCAGUUGAAGUUGAUGAGAUUGUUCUAGAAAGUGUGCAGGCGUAUGUUAGAUUGCUUCCAAUAUUUCUUGCCCUGGUGAAAUUUUAUGAAAAAAGGACUGAUGUCAAUACUAAUGCUGGGGGUCGCAUACCAAUAGACGUUAACAGUCCAUUUGAGGUUUUGAUGGCUGCCAACAUCCCACAGCAAAUGGAGAGCGAUUGUGGUGUUUUCGUUGCAUCUUACGCUGAGCACUUCAUAACUGAUGUUGACAUUACUACGAAGAAGUUCAAUGUUGAUAUCGAGAGACAAAGGUAUACCUACUUGUUGUACACGCACGGUAGAACGAAGCAGAGCAAUGGUUAUCAAAGUGAUGAUGAACCUCCCGGAUCAAUGCCCGAUGAUGUCCGUUUUAGUCUAUUAGCUUGA